CUGUCACAUAAUGGCACUCUCAAGAGGCAUAGAGAAUGUCACUCCCGGUUGAUCUUGGAGAAGCUCACUUCACCUCUCCGACUUCAGUCUUGACUCUGACACUACACGCUUCAGUGCAAAUGCUGCUUUCCGAGAGAGAGGCCAGCUGGAUGGAUGCAGUGCGCUUUCAGAGGUUGCUCAAGCACAGCAAUGUGUGGGUUUCCCCCACCCCAGAGCUCAAACUUUACCUCACGAUCACCACCAGCACUGCAAUGGCCCUUCCGGUCUCGGCUUUUGUGUCGCGGAUAGGGGAGAUACUGUGUAGCUCCAAGGUAUAUUUCACCCAUAGUUGCGACAAUCUCCACCAAGACAUUUCUCUGACCUUCCGUCUCGCUUUUGGAAUACAGAGGGACGACAAACAACCUUUGCGGAUGAGAAGAGCGAGAAAAGAGGCUCUAUUCGAUCAGCAUGGCGACGUUUCUCCCCCGAUCCACAUCUCAACAAUUCAGUUGUCUACAAUCAACAUAUCUUUAGGUUUCGAUAGACCCACACCAAUAUAUAUACCACCCGUCUUGAACACGAAACCGUGCCCAUCAGAAGAACAACUUGAAUCCCAGACACCAUUGCCUAACCUCGAUGAAUACGAGCAUGAGUAUGAGUAUGAAGAGGACGUGAUCUUGUUAGAAGAUCAGCCAAAGAUGGCAGAACCCGAUUCAAACUCCGAGGUCUUAAGCUUCAUGGAAGAGCUCAGUGAUCUAAGCUGGAGUGAACAAAACUCCUCUAUCUCCAUAUCUCAGGACUCCUUUCCAGGAAUCAGUCAGCCAGAAAUCCAACAUGAAGACCUAUAUAACAUAUUCACCAUGAGCCUGGAAUCGCUGUUAUUCGGAAGACACAGCAAUUACAAUGACCCUGGAACCGGAAACCUACAAUGUCUUUCGAACAUCGCUCCUUCAGUAUUCAGCCCCGGAUAUCACAGAGCCAUGACCCAGCGAUCGCAACUAAUCCCAACAAUCAACAAGUCAAUCGCAUCCCUGCUCAACCUCCCCAUGAAUCAUUCCCUUCAGCACAAGAUCAACCGAUUAAAAGCCUCUAACAGAUCCCAAUCCUCUACAACAAAUACCCUCGACAUUAAAAACAUCCUAGGAGCAUCCCUCUGGCGCAUCGCCCAAAAACAACUCUACAAACCCCAAGCCUCGCAGAAACUGAGUCUUCUAGAACCCCUAUCCGAUCUUCGCACCAAGUACCAAGAUCGGGGAAAUACCCUGAUUACGAACUCACAACUUGCAGAGACAGAAGACCAUAUGCUUGAUAAUGAUUAUAAUAAUGAUGAUAUUCUGAUUGACAGUGACUCCGGCUCUCUGCUACACACCAACAGUGAGGACCCCGGGCCGCAAACAUCGGAAAGACAAAGCUCUAUCAUGUCACUUCAUGACGAUUCCUCGGUGGAGACAUUGCGAUUUGAACCGAGUGAGGACGAGAGUCUCCUAGUAGAACGAUUCGGGGACGAUGUGUCGGAUUGCAUUCCGUUUUCGAGUAAUUUAUCAUAUUACGACAGAGUUGAUAGCGAUGAUGACAUGCUAUGCGACUAUAUCUGA